AUGGCUGGCAUUCUCGACCGAUCGGCUCCCAGGCCAGAUGAACUAGAUGGCAUGGGGAGUCUUCUGAAACAACCCCAGACCAUAAUCUGGCUCAAGUCCUCCACGCAGUCCUUCGCGAUCCACAAGUCCCUCCUCCUCGAGUCCUCAAAGUACUUCCGGCGCUGCCUCGAGGGCCCCUACGCCGAGUCCGCCUCCAACACGAUCGACCUCGACGACGUCGGCCCCGCGACCCUCGGCACCUACGUCAAGCUCUGCUACUUCACCCGCCUGACCGCCCAGCGCGUCAAGCGCCGCGCCGCCGACACCGAGGACUUCUACGAGGUCUCCCCCUUCAGCAUCAAGCCCUGCGACAUGAACACUCCCUACGACCUCACGGAGCUCGUCGGCAUGUGGGCCCUGACCGACCGCCUCUUCGACGACCUGCUGCGCGGCAAGGUCGAGACGGCCAUCCGGGAGGCGCUGGACGUCGGGUCCAGGAAGCUCGCCGACCCGCACUGCGCGGAGUGGUGGGUCCUCAACUUCGCCGACGGGUACGUCGCGCUCGACGGGCUGCCGAGGCGGGACGAGGACGUCGGGGCGCUGGUGGCGAGGCUCCGGGACGCGUUCGUCGAGAACUGCUCGGCGGCCAUGUGGAUGCGGCUCGCGGAGUCGCUGCCGGGGGAGUUCGUGGUGUUCAUCUCGAUCGCGUUCCAGGCCAAGAUGGCGGCGUUGGUGGCGAACGAGGCGGCGAUCGCGAGGGUCAACCAGGCGAGUUUGUGUUAUGAGUGUAAGACGAGGGUCCAGGCGGCGUUGAAGCGGUAG